AUGGAUCAAUUAGUCCGCCAGUACACCAAGUCGCCGCACCAGAACGAGUUCUACUCGGAGCAAGAGCAGCAUGACCUGACAGAGAGCCUCCCUCCGCUCUCUCUGAAAUUCGCCCUUCCCCCGGUUGCAAACCACUCCGCCUUCCUCCGUGCGAUGACCGAUGAUCACUCGAACCCCAACUGUCCCAUCAAACUCGCCCACGGAACGACAACGCUCGCUUUCCGAUUCCAGGGUGGAAUUAUUGUUUGCACAGAUUCCCGAGCUACGGCCGGAAACUGGAUUGCCAGUCAGACGGUGAAGAAGGUCAUUCCGGUCUCGCGGUUGAGCCGUGCAGAGGAUAAGCCGGGCAGUGCGCCCGUUCCCGGCCUUCUGGGAACUAUGGCUGGUGGUGCUGCAGACUGUCAAUACUGGCUUAGAUAUCUGAGUCAACAAUGCACACUACAUGAAAUCCGCCACAAACGCCGUAUCACAGUUGCCGCCGCCUCGAAGAUCCUGGCUAACCUUACCUACGCCUACAAGGGAUACGGUCUGAGCAUGGGAACGAUGCUGGCAGGUGUGACACCUCAAGAAGGACCCGCUCUGUACUACAUCGACUCCGACGGCACCCGCCUCCCCGGAAAUCUGUUCUGUGUUGGAUCCGGUCAGACCUUUGCCUACGGUGUGCUGGACGCCAACUACCGCUACGACCUGACUGAGGAGGAGGCUCUCGAGCUCGGACGGAGAAGUAUUCUCGCUGCUAUGCACCGUGACGCCUACUCUGGUGGUUUCAUCAACCUUUACCACGUGAAGGAAGAGGGAUGGGUCCACCACGGUUUCGACGAUAUGAACCCCAUAUUCUGGAAGACGAAGUUGGAGAAGGGCGAGUUCUCGAAUGUUACGUCGGCGCUGUAG